AUGGCAUCAGUGACUAGAGCUCAGGCUUUGCCCUCCAAUGCCACCUUCAAAAACAAAGAAAAGCCGCAGGAGGUGCGCAAAGCAAACAUUUUAGCAGCAAGAGCCGUGUCGGAUGCCAUCAGGACAUCUCUUGGGCCCAAGGGCAUGGACAAGAUGAUCAAGACCAAGAACGGCGAGAUCAUAAUAUCCAACGACGGGGCCACCAUCCUCAAGCACAUGGCAGUUUUGCACCCGGCAGCGAGAAUGUUGGUCGACGUGAGCCAUGCGCAGGACGUCGAGGCGGGCGACGGAACGACAACCGUUGCCAUCUUGACUGGUGCUCUCCUUGGAGCCGCGGAGAGACUACUCAACAAGGGGAUACACCCCACGUUGAUUGCCGAGUCUUUCCAGAGGGCGGCGCAGAGAAGUGUCGCGAUUCUUUUGGAGAUGGCGCACAAGAUCAAACUCGAGGACAGAGAAGCGUUGAUUAGAGCCGCGUCGACGUCGUUGAGCUCCAAGAUCGUGUCGCAGUACUCGCAGCUAUUGGCGCCUUUGGCGGUAGAUUCCGUUUUGAAAGUGAUGAAUGAAAACAAGGACAAUGUCGACUUGAACGACAUCAGAUUGAUCAAGAAGUUGGGAGGCACCAUUGACGACACCGAGCUCGUUGAUGGAGUGGUGUUGACCCAGAGCGUGGUCAAGAAUGCCGGUGGACCCACCCGGGUGGACAAGGCGAAGAUUGGAUUGAUCCAGUUCCAAAUCUCUCCACCAAAGCCAGACAUGGAGAACAACGUGGUCGUGAACGACUAUAGACAAAUGGACAAGAUUUUGAAGGAGGAAAGAGCGUACUUGUUGAACAUUUGCAAGAAAAUCAAAAAGGCAAAGUGUAACGUGUUGCUCAUCCAAAAGUCUAUAUUGAGGGACGCCGUUAACGACUUGGCUUUGCACUUUUUGUCCAAAUUGAACAUAAUGGUGAUCAAGGACAUUGAAAGGGACGAAGUCGAGUUUUUGUCGAAAGCGCUCGGGUGCAAACCAAUAGCCGAUAUUGAAAACUUUACAGAGGACAGAUUGGGCUCGGCCAACGUGAUUGAGGAAAUAGAAAGCUCGGGAUCGAAAAUUGUCGAGAUAAAAGGAAUCACAUCCAAAAACACCAAACCUACAGUGUCUAUCAUCAUCAGGGGCGCCAAUAACCUCAUCGUUGACGAGACCGAGAGAUCCUUGCAUGACGCAUUAUGUGUCAUCAGGUGCCUAGUCAAGGAAAAGGCAUUGAUAGCCGGCGGCGGGGCACCGGAAAUUGAAGUUUCCAGACAGCUCAUGAAAGAGUCGCAUCUUUUGUUUGGAGUUGAGCAGUUUGUCUACCAAGAGUUUGCGCAAGCACUCGAGGUCAUCCCUACCACUUUGGCCGAGAAUGCCGGAUUAAACCCCAUCAACGUCGUCACCGAUUUGAGAAACAAGCACGAAAAUGGAGAGAAAAAUGCCGGCGUGUCGGUGAGAAGAGCUGGUGCGUCAAACACAUUUGAUGAACAUGUGUUGCAGCCCGUGUUGGUGUGUACAAGUGCAAUAGUUUUGGCUUCAGAGUGCGUAAAGUCUAUACUCAGGAUCGACGAUAUCCAAUUUAGCCGUUGA